AUGUCCACGGCCCGGACAGAUACACAGGCCUCUUUUCGCUCGCCUCCUAAAAGCGUCAAUUUUACGAUUUCCUCAAUAAUCUCGCCGACGGUCCAAAGUGUGCCAUUGCCCCAGUCCGUCGUGUCCCCGAGCCAUGAUCCAGCGGAUCCCAACACUCUUCCCAGUCCUUACAUUCCAGCGGCGGUUGUCUUACAAAACAUCUACCGUUCCCCAAGAGGAACCGGCAUAGCAGAAUCAUUCGCACAUCUCUCGCCGGACUCUGCAGAGACAACGGAAUUCCUGAUCCAGCACUAUGCAAGGACUUGUGGCAAAUGGUUCACGAUGGCCGACGCCGGUCGACAUUUCACGACCACAAUACCUCAUCUAGCAAGGACUUCUCAAAUCCUUAUGAAAGCUAUUUGUGCUCUCGCAGCAAGACAUCUGAGCGGAACCUCAUGUUAUGAUUCGUCACUGGCGGAACGCUAUCACGAAGAGUGCAUUUCACUGUUGAUUCCUGCAUUAAACGACCCCAGCGUGACUGCAGACGAAACCAUGUUGGCGGCGCUGGUGAUAUUGAGGCUAUACGAACACUUGCAGUUCAGCGACCUGUUCCAAGGACAUCACCUAUCGGGAACCUCUGCGUUGGUGCGAUCCGUCAUGGGUAAUACCAUUCCAGACUGUAGCCAUGGGCUCCAAGAAGCGUCCUUCUGGGGCUAUUUUAGGCAAUGCCUUUACGUCGCCUGCGUCAACUGCGAACCUCUCAAGUUUGACAUCUCGAUCUACCAGAUUGAGAUGAGAUUAUCGACCCCCUGCACUGUUACACUUCCAAGUGCGGAGGAGGAAUCAACAUGGUGCAAGUGGAUCACAUGGAUCCUGGCGGAAGUGGUUGAAUUCUGCUUUGGCCCCCAGGGACCCCUGAUGACCCUGGAAGAAGCCCAGUCGUCCUGGAGAGAGUUGGUCUCCAAGGUGGACAUGUGGGAGUGCAAUAAGCCUUCUUCAUUCCAAUCGAUUGCGUUUUUGGAUCGGGAUCCCGGAAAACAUCGCCUUUUCCCUCUUCGAUGGUUUGGUAACGAAUGGCAUGCUCUUGCCAAUAUGUACUCGUUCACGGCCCGCAUACUCCUGGACGUCCACGAUCCCCUCAUGCGCAACAUCUCGAUGGGACAAUUCGGCUUUCGCCGCGCAAGAAAGGAGCUGGAGUUGAAAGUCCUCGAAUCCGCCAGAGCUUUGUGCGGCAUCUGCCUGGCUAAUCCUGGCAACGUACCAACCAUCAUCACGCUCAGUCAUGCCAUCUUUUCAUUUGCCUCGUUCUUAGAAGACGUGGAAGAACGGUGGAUGUUGAUCGGCAUGCUUCAAAGCUCGGAACGUGAAGAGUCGUGGCCCACCAAGUGGAUUGUCAAGGCACUAUUGGAAGAAUGGGAUAUGACUGCUUCCACGCUUGAGGCUGGUUGAUCAAAAAAAUUGUACAGUGGCCUCGUCGGAUUCGCUUAGUCGACUAGCCCCUCAUCGGCAGGGUUAUCUGCCCUGAGUGCCUGGCCUGGCUCCUUAUCCGCGUAUCUCAGCCUUUAUACCAGCCCUUGUUGAGC